UUUCGUUCCUGAGGAUAAGCAUCAUCCGGCGUUGUCGACUGCUCUAUCAAUUGAAAUUACAAAAUUUCCGACUGUUUUUCCAAACGCUGUUGUCUCUCGAUUUAACUUUCGAAGAGCGAAUUUUCCGACUUUAUAUGAUGACAUUGCUCUCAUGGAUUGGUCAUUUUUAGAAGAUGUAAACGACGUGGACGAAAUGUUGGAUUUGUUUUAUACUUCUCUUUAUAAUUUAAUAGAGAAAUCGGUGCCUUGCACUCAACAGAAGCAAAACAAUUAUCCUCAGUGGUUCUCUAAGGAAAUAAUUAAAAACCUUAAAACUAAAGAGUACUAUAGACACAAGUACAGAACUACCAAACAAACGUUCUAUCUCGAUCACUUCAUUAGAAUGAGAUCACUAGUAAAAGAACAAAUCGACGCUGCUUACAAUUCCUUUUGGCAACAUGCCUCUGAUAAUUUAAAGCACGAUCCUAGUGAUUUCUGGAAUUUCGUUCGACUAAAGCAAGGUACUAGCAGAAUACCGUCGAUCGUUAGAGAUGAUGUAGAUGAAUAUACUAUUCCGAUUGAUAUAGUCAAUGCUUUCGAUUCCUAUUUUUCAUCUGUUUAUUCUGACAAUUCCAGGGAUUUUACUGACGCAGUUCCCACGUUGCCAAUGUUUAAUAUCCAUCAGGUAACCGAGGAGGAGAUAAUUGCUGUAAUGAGGGGUUUUAGCUCCAAACUCACAGCGGGUGAAGACCAAAUACCUAGUUUUCUGGUACGUGAUGUACGAUUUGCGUUAGCUAAACCGUUGAUGUACAUUAUUAAUCGCUCUAUAACUGCUUCGAUUUUCCCUCAGAGAUGGAAGUCAGCUAGAAUCACGCCCGUAUUUAAGAAAGGUGACAAGUCCUUGGUAACCAACUAUAGACCAAUUGCUAUUCUAUCUAAUUUUGCAAAGUACGUCGCAGAGGUAAUGGAUGUUGGUGGACAAGUCGACGUAGUGAAGUAG